UCCAACAAAUGUCAAUAUUGUAAUCUUCACCCACAUUUCAUCACUCGUAGGAGGAGGUUGUUUAAAAAAAAUAACAGCAGAAUUAAGCUAAUAUUUUUUGGGGUCUAUUUUCUAGGUGUGUUUUAUCGCUUUCUUGUUGGACCCUUUUCUUGUAAUGCUCUUUUAAUCAUCAUCACCACUUUGUUGUUCCCCACAAACUAUGAAGAAAUACAAUUUCAACUUCUCUCUUUUUUCUCUCCAUAUUCUUCUCCUCACUCUUUUCGCACGCAAUCCAGCUGCCAUUUCUCAAAACUCGAUGUCAGAAGAUGGUUGGUGUUCUUUUGUUUUCUGUGGGCAAGGGACAUGCAAGAAUACUAUUCUUGGUUUUGAGUGCGAGUGCUAUGCCGGUUGGAGCAAGAUUCAGAUUGGUUUUUUGACCUUUCUUCCUUGCUUAAUUCCUAAUUGCACAAUUGAUUUGCAAUGUGGUAAUGGAUCACCGCCACCACCUCCAUCGGCUCCUCUCCCUCUGCCUCCACUAAAUUUAACAGACCCUUGUCAAUUAAUUUGGUGUGCCGAUGGAUCCUGCUUGCCUAACGGAACAGGACAUAUAUGCCAGUGUAAUGAAGGCUCAGCGAAUUUGUUGAAUAAUACAGAGUUGCCAUGUUUUCAAGAAUGCUACUAUGGAGCAGAUUGCAAUGGUCUUGGGCUUGGUCCACCGGUUCCUCCACCACCAUCAGGUUCUUCAGAAGUGUUAAACUCCUGGAUGAGUCUUGGUGUUCUAACCAUGAUAUUGUUAGCAGCUACUUUCCUAACAUUGUUUUAGAGACAAAUACCCAAUGAUGGGAUCACCAAGAAAACAAGGAGAAAUUACAGAAGGCAUCCGAUGCGCCAACUCAAUAUAUAAUAAGCCAAUAUUAAAUUGACAUGUGGUAUCAAUAGCUUUGAAAGCAAAUAUGUAAUUUCAGUAAAAAAAUUUUGAAAAAAAAAAAGCAAUUUUAGUUAAACAGCAGCUCUAAUAUCAUACCAAAUAUGCCACUUGUUAAUUUAAUAUUGCCAUAUUGUAUGUUGAGCGGGCACAACCGAUCCAUCAAAUAAUUUCUCCAAAAAAAGUGCUCAUGGUAAGCUCUUUAUUUUCUCUUAAAAUAAGGUGAACAACACAAUAAUUAUGCUUUUAUUAUUAAAGAUUAUGUAUACAGGUUGUUGAGAGAUAAUAAACACUGCUACAAGAAACAUUUGCUUCUUAUCCUAUCGAUACAAGCAAAAAGUUCAGAAAAAUUUAACAUCACUAUUCUU